GACUGUAGUGUAGGACAGAAGCUGUCGUACUUUUCCUCGUUUGGGAGGCUUUAGCGGAAGAAAAAUAUUUGCAAGCCCAGAUACUGACAACUGUGAACAACCGGCAAUUUAAUUGUUUUAAUUUUGGAGGAAUAUCUUUGUAGCGCAACUGAUAAAUAUUUCUGGGCCUUGGAACAGCAGGACUGAGCCGAGAUAGAGAAAAAAAGGAAAAACAGAGGCCAAACAAGAAGAGAACGUACAAGAGAGAAGAGAGAGGAGAGAGAGAGAGAGAGAGAGAGAGAGAGAGAGCGAAAGAGGAAGAAGAAAGAAGAAGGCGGGAUGAGAAACGGAGAGGCAGGCACAGAGGGAAGAUAGAAGAGGAAGCAGGGAGGUGCCCGAGCAGCCCAACAGCAGAAACGACGACAGCCGAAGGGACAGGCCAUGAAGCCACUGAAGAAAGGGGGCAGACCCUCGCCCCCGUCCACCCGCGCCAAGGCGAGUAGGAGACGGGGUCAGCCCGACAGCAGUCCCGAGCAGGACCAGUCCAAAGCCUCCCCCCCCUCCCCGAAAAGACACACGACGCCCCCCUCGUCCCACUCGGAGUCGUCCCAUGAGGAGGCCCCCCGGAUCACGGUGACCCCGGACCGGGAUGAGAGCCUCUCCCGUGAGGGCGAUUCUACGAAGGCGGUAGUGACAGUGGCGGAGGAGCGCCCGAGCAGCUGCCGGUCAUCGGACAGCAACAGCAGCGCGGCCAGCUCCAACAGCAGCCCCAACCCGUCAGCCAGCCGCAAGACGGCCACCUUCAAGGCACGUGUGCCCAAGAAAAAGUAUACAUCGGAGCACUGCUCCUCGUCCGCCGGCAUCACCACGGCCGCCACCGGAAACCAUGGCAACGCCAGUACGCCUCCGCUCAGUAGCAACGGUGACAGCAGCAGCGGCAGUGGUGCACACAAUGGUACCGUUGCCACGGCCGUCGCCACGGCAGCUCAGCCUCAGGUCAGCACUGCCAACGGCCAGCAGACACCAUCCAGCACACAGACGCCCCCCAGCCAGCCGUCAGCUGGCAACGACCCCCACAACCACAGCCAGAGCGGGGCAGCCCCUGUCAGCGCCGGCCAGUACGGGGACAGAGACACGGGGGAGAGGCCUCCAGUGGCCAGCCCCCCACGCUGCUCCUCCACAGACACUGCCAGCGAGCACUCGGCCGACCUGGAAGUGACCGCCGCUGCGCGCAUGCCGGCACCCUCAGAGCCCCAGCCCAGCACAGACGAUCGCCCCCACCAGCAGCAGCAACAGCAGCACCCCCCAGCGCCACCCCCAGCACACUGUAACUCCAAUCCCAUGCAGGACAGCCUGGCCGGAGGUCUGGCCGAGGCCCUGGCCAAGGGGCUGAAGAACCAGCGCGUGCUGGCGCGGCAGGGCUCCGGGGUGUUCCGGGCGGGCGUGGUGCGGCACGUGAGCGGGGAGCAGGGCAGCGUGGAAGUCCAGCUUAACGGGGAGAAGGGCAUCAGCUACUACCCCUUCCAGCCCAGCGGAGGCGCCGUGGACCUCGUGCUGGACUCCCCGCCUCCGGGAGCCGCGCAGGUGGCCAUCGGGACCCACGUGUGCGUGCCUUUCGGUGGCGGCCACGAGGCCAGCGAAGGGGCCCAGCAGCUGUACCGCGAGGGCCUGGUGACGCAGGUGGACCCCCACCCAGCCGUGUCCUUCCCCUACCGCGUGCUUCUGAGGGACGAGCCUGGAGCCGCCGCCACCGCCGCCACUGCCGCCGGUCACGACAGAAGUCCACAGGAGGAGGGCGGAGGAGCCUCCCCGAGCCCCGUGCAGGCCGUGUGGGUGUCCCGCCAGAGCCUGCGCCUGCUGGUGCCCCCCUGGGACCUGGACCCGGGCAGCCGCGCCUGGGAGGACCGCGAGGACAUGGAAGUGGAGCGCGAGCUCUCGCAUCUUAUCACGGCGCCGCUCUACACCAGGGCGCUGCCGCCCCACCCGGCGUCCGCUCCGCCGUCCUCGGUCUCGUACUCCUCGUCCGCUUCCUCGACCAUCGCGGCGGCCGGGGGCUUGAUGAUGACGUCGGUGCUCAACAUGGCAGGCGGCUGGGAGCGCGAGCGGGAGCAAGAGAUGGAGAGAGAGAGGGAGCGGCAGAGGGAACGAGAGAGGGAGAGGGAAAGAGAGAGGGAGCGAGAGAGGGAGAGGGACAGAGAGCAGGAGAGACUCCAGCAGCAGCACCACCAGCAGCAACAGACCCCCGAGGAGGACAUGGAGGUGACCAUCUUCAACUCGACCCCGAUGAGAGAGGCCACUAUUGGGGCCGUGCCUGGAGGAAAGCCCCUCGGGGUCCCCCAGCACCGGCACAUCCUCUCCAAGCCUCCCUACCUAUCCGUGGUGCGUAACAUUGGACCCCCCCUGGGCCCUCACCUGGCCCUGAACCCGCACGGACCCCAAUCGUCUGUCCUGCUGGGCCUGGACGCAGGCACCCCGGUCAUCUCCUCUGCACCUCAGCUGCCCCCGCUUCCGCCUUCCUCGCGGGGAGUCCUGGACAAGCCUCCCUCCGCCAACUCCCACGGAUCCUCGGGGGGCUCUGGUUCGGGUGGCGGCUCGGGGUCAGGAUCAGGCCCGCGGUCCCGGACUCCUCUGACGGCGGCGCAGCAGAAGUACAAGAAGGGCGACGUGGUGUGCACCCCGACCGGCAUACGCAAGAAGUUCAACGGCAAGCAGUGGCGCAGGUUGUGCUCGCGCGAGGGCUGCUCAAAAGAGUCACAGCGCAGGGGCUACUGCUCCCGCCACCUGUCCAUGCGCACCAAGGAGAUGGAGGCUGGAGGCGGCGGGGGGCCGGGCCUGGGCCGCGACCGGAGCGGAGCCAGCAGCACGGGCACGCUCACGCCCUCCGACCUGAGGCUGGGCAGUGGGCGCACCAGCAGCGAGUUCGACUGGGACGAGACGUCCAGAGACAGCAGCGAGGCCAGUAGCCGUGGGGGCGACUCUCGUCCGCGCCUCGUGCUCCCCUCGCUCCUUCCCCACGACCUCUCGCGCGACCUCACCCGCGACCUGUCGCGCUUCGACUUCGACGAGUGCGAGGCGGCCAACAUGCUGGUGUCGCUCGGGAGCUCGCGCUCAGGGACGCCCUCGUUCUCGCCCGUUUCCAACCAGUCGCCCUUCUCGCCGGCCCCAUCCCCCUCGCCCUCACCCCUCUUCGGCUUCCGGCCCGCCAACUUUAGCCCCAUCACGCCCCCCUCCCUCACGCCGCGCCGGCCGCGCCACCUGAGCGGCACCAAGCUGGGCACGCCGGGCUCGGACCGUGAGCGCCACCUGUCCGGCGUGGUGCCCACCUUCCAGACCAACCUCACCUUCACUGUGCCCAUGAGCCCCAGCAAGCGCAAGCCCGACAUCCAGCCCCCGACGCUCCCCCUGGCCCCCUCUGCCCCGCACGACUACGGCAAGCCGGAGGUCCAGCAGGCCCCUCUGGUGGUGGGCGACCCAACGCUCGGGCUUCAGGGCUUCAGGGUCCUGUCCCCCCAGAGCCAGCCCCCGACCCCGUCCUUCUCACGGCCCCGCAGUGCCGCCAGCCGCCCCCCGUCCUCCGCCGCCUCCACCCCUCCGCCCAUGCUGGUGUCCCCCACGCCGCCCUCCCCCUUACCCCAGGAGCCCAGCCCUCGCCGGGGCAUGCCGCUCCGCGACUCCCCCGUCAUCGUGCGCAACCCGGACGUCCCGCUGGCCAAGUUCAGCGAGGGCCCUCUGAGUGGCCGGAGAGGCAGCGGAGGGACCGUGGGAGGAGGCGGAGCCGGCAUGGGUGGUGCUGGCGGUGGUGGCGGUGGGGCUGGCGGAGGAGGAGGAGGAAGUCGCCCGCGAGACAACGGUGGCCAGCCCCCGCACCUCACCGGCACGCUGCAGGCCCCCGUGCCCAUCAACGGCGCCAGCGCCACCAACGGAGCCGUGCUCCUGCGCAACCCCACCUCCACCCUCGUGCUGGUCACCUCCACCCAGUCGCUGACCACCGCCUCCAGCACCCGCUCGGUCCACGUGGGCUCGGUCGCUGUCUCCGGCGCUGGAGCCGGUCCAGCAGUGGCCAGCGGCGGCAUGGGAGAGGGCAGGGAGAGAGAGAGGAACCCCGGGGGGCAUGGAGACACCCAUGGAGGGGUGCUGCCCCAGCCGGUGGCCUGCCACCCAACUCCCACUGCCCUGCUGCCCCUCAUCGUGCCCGCAGAGUCCCCACAACCUGCCCCACGCAAGGACAUCAUCAUGGGACGUCCCGGUACAGUUUGGACCAAUGUGGAACCACGCUCAGUCCCAGUCUUUCCUUGGCAUUCAUUGGUUCCCUUUCUGGAGCCCAGCCAAUCAAAUUCGUCUGGAGCCCAGCCCGCUGAUGGCCAGCCACUGGUGAAUCAGAGCAAAGAGCCCCGAUGUGGAGUAGCUCUUGUGAGUGAUGGCCGCAGUGGCCAGUCAAGCACAGAGAGAGGCUCACCGUCGCGCCCUCCCCCUUCUGCUGAGGACCCUCCCCCGGAGCGCGAGGCAGGAGACAGCGAGACAGAGAGCGAUGCAGAUGACCUGUUUCUACCAGGUGUGUCCCAGGACCCAGCCCCUUCCACAGUCCCAGCCAAGAGGCGCACACAGUCCCUCAGUGCCCUCCCCAGGGAUGGAGAUAAGAAGAGGGAAAAAGACCACAUCCGACGGCCCAUGAAUGCCUUCAUGAUCUUCAGCAAGCGCCACCGGGCACUGGUGCACCAGAGGCACCCCAACCAGGACAACCGCACAGUCAGCAAGAUCCUGGGAGAGUGGUGGUAUGCGCUGGGGCCCAAGGAGAAGCAGAAGUACCACGACCUCGCUUUCCAGGUGAAGGAAGCCCACUUCAGAGCACACCCAGACUGGAAGUGGUGUAAUAAAGACCGGCGGAAGUCUCUUUCUGAGGGCCGUGGGACCCCUGGGGCCAAAGACCCUCGGGAGCGCAGCGCCUCUGAGAGCACAGAGGCCCAGGCUCAAGGAGGGGAUCAGAAGGGACCAGUGUCCAGCUGGCCCCCUGGAUCGGAGCGGCGCUUGGGGCCUCUGGGAGGACAGCACCCUCGGCCCCGCGCUUUCUCCCAGAGUGCCGUGCACAGCCUGGAGAGGAGGGAGCAAGAGAGAGACCUAGAGAAGAUGUGUCAGGAAGGAGGAAGCGGGUUUCGCCCGCGGCCGUCCGCCUCGUCUGGACUGCAGCGGGGGGCCAGUGAGGACGUGACCAGCGACGAGGAGCGCAUGGUCAUCUGUGAGGAGGGUGACGAUGACGUCAUAGAUGACUCCUUCCCCGAGGGCUCUAUAGACCUGAAGUGCAAGGAGAGGGUGACAGACAGUGAUGAGGAGAACGCGUCUGCAGAUGAGGCCGAUGGCAAGCGAGCUUUCCAGCCUGUUGUCCGUUCGUCGCGUUCCUACUCCCCUGGCAGUGACCCAUCCAAGGGUGCGGGCAGCCGAGGCCGAGGCAACGGCCAUAGCCAAGAGAGGAUGAUCAACAUGGCGGGAGGACUGGACGUCAGCGGUCGACCCAAGGAGGUGAAAGAAGAGGAGGGUGGAGAAGGACUAGGUGGAGGAGGAGGGGUGUCCCAGCCUUCUGCUCACUCCCUCUCGUCCUCCGGCCCGACUCACCACCCCGGGAACGGCGUGACCCAGGUGCUGGGGCCGGUGCGGAUGGCGUCCACCGUGGUGACCAGCGUGGUGCGUCCUGUGGCCAGCACCCCGGUGCCCAUCGCCAGCAAGCCGUGCAACGACGGCGGCCUGCCAGCCGACAAGAAGACCAAGUUGCUGAUCGCCGCCGGAGGAGGAGGAGGAGGAGGAGGAGGAGGAGCAGGAGGCGGCGGAGGAGGUGUCACCAUUGCCACUGGGGGUGGGUACUUCCCCUCGUCCUCUCCCAUACCGCAGGGUGGCGGUGGCGGUGUGGUCACCAGCUUGUUGCUGGGAGGGGCCUUCCCCAGCCAGCCCACUGUCCAGCUCCUCACCCAACCCCAGACCCUCCCCUGCCCGCCCGUCGGUAGCCCCCCUACCCACGCCAACGGCGGCACCCUCCCCCUUUUCCUCCCCGCCUCCUCGAUCACCCCCCCCGGCGGCAGGGUGGGCAAGCCGGUCACUCAGGUGCAGUACAUCCUGCCCACCCUGCCCACCAACCCCAAGAGCCCCUCCCCGCAGCAGCACGGCAGCGUCCUCACGUUGCCCACAGCCCCGCCCACCCACAUGUCCUUGGCCAAUGGUGUGCAUUCGGGGGCAGGACCAGGGAUAAGAUAUGCCUCAGUUCCUGCAAUGGGCGGGCUCAGCCCAGGAGGAGGAGGAGUUCAAGCACAGUCCCCAGUAUUGCAAAGCAAGAUGCUGGUUCCCAUGGCGACAGUGAGAACGGGCUCCACGCCUCCGCAGCCCAUCUCUCUGGUCGCCCCACAACUUCCUGUUCAAAAUGGUGCUCAACCAGGAAGUAAGAUCAUUCAGAUUGCUCCCAUGCCUGUGGUCCAGACCAACGUUCACCACUCAGCAGCAGUGCACCCUGGGAAUUCCUUCCCUGUCUCCAUGGGAACAGCGACUGUUAUGGCUACGGGCUCCGCUCCCCCACAGACUGUUCUGCUUACUCCUCCUCCCACAAGGAUCACUUAUGUGCAGUCCACCACAGGCGUGGUUGCCCCAAUGCCACUGGUCUCUACAGCGACGGUCUCCACUCCGCAGCAGCUCCCGCCUCCCUCAGGUCCAGCGUUCCUGCCAUCGUCCCUGGCAACCCUGGGGUUCACUGCCAUAGCCCCCGCUGGCCAAGCCCUGGUCCAGCCAAUCGCAGCAGGACAACCACCCCUCUUGGCCCCGGCUCCUCCCCCCAACUGUCCGUCACAGCCCGCCGUGGCCAAUGGAGCGCCACGUCAAGUGCUCACGGCCAUCUACCCCGCACCCAGCGUCACCCUAGCGACAGGGAUGGUUUCUGUGGCAACAGUACCCCCGAACAUGACCCUCGCCCCUUCCUCCUCCAGUCCAGACUCCCCCUCCUCCGGAUUGCAGACGGGGAUAGCCGCACCUGCACCGGUGUCCCAGCUGUCGGACCCCAUGAAGGUGCAGCCUCACACCGACGGACAGGUGGGCUCAUCGCCCGUUGCCAUGGAGAUAGAGAGGCAGAGCGUCCUGGAGAAGCACGCAGACGGAGAAGCACAGGUGGAAACCCCAGGACACACCACCACAACAGCACAAACAGGCAGCACAGCCCUGCAUCCCACCACCACAGGUCGCCAUGGCAGCAUGGCUCAGGAUGCAGCCAAUCAGAGCGAGACAGAAAGAGAGCGGAAGAUGGAGGAAGGCGGAGUCUCAUGGCGAGACCAAGUGGCUGAAGGACAGGGGUCCGAGAGGGCCCCCAAGGGCCACAGCAAUGAUGAGAGUGGGAGGGAGGACCAUGGCAAAGAGGUGAGACGUAAGGAGUCCAACUCCCCUGCGCCUCCUCCAUCAGGACUGGAGCCCCCACCUCCACCUCCUCAGAAUGACAGGGACAACUCCACUGUCAAGAAGGCCAAGUCCCGCCCUCCGCCACUCAAGAGGACCUUUGAGCCUGUCGACAAGGUGAUGUCGGGGUCGUACUUCGAGGAGCGUCUGGCCGAGCUGCCGGAGUUUCGGCCCGAGGAGGUGCUGCCUUCCCCCACGCUGCAGAGUCUGGCUACCUCACCUCGAGCCAUCCUGGGGAGCUACCGCAAGAAGAGGAGGAACUCCACCGAUCUGGACUCUGCUGAUGACCCCAGCUCUCCCAGGAGGAAGAGUCGCCGGCUGUCCAGCUGCAGCUCCGAGCCCAACACGCCCAAGAGCGCCGCCAAGUGUGAGGGGGACAUCUUCACCUUCGAUAGAGCAGGAGAAUCGGAGGACAUGUUGGUGGAGCCGGGGGAGCGCGCUCCAUACUCCUCCCUGCGCCGCACUCUAGACCAGCGGCGGGCUCUCGUCAUGACACUCUUCCACGACUACGGCUUUUUCCCCUCAGCCCAGGCCACGGCUGCCUUUCAGGCCAGCCAUUCGGACAUCUUCCCCACCAAGGUGUGCCUGCAGCUGAAGAUCCGCGAGGUGCGACAGAAGAUCAUGCAGACGGCCACGCCUGGGGCCUCCGAGGGCCCGGGGCCGACCGGAGCCGACUCCGCCUCCACCCCAGGCCCGUCCAGUGCACCACUGCGAGAGGAAAGUGGGGCGGAGUCUGACGAAAGGGGGAGUGGUCACGAGGAAACCAACAACACAGGCGAAUCACAGGAUUCCACCAGAUGAAGAAGAACGACUUACAACAACAACUAGCAAUUAAUAGCGAAGAUGGAGGAGAUGAGAGACACACGAAGGGAGGAAUAUUACCUACACUUUCCCACAUAUUUACAUACAACAACACUUUUUUGUGGCAAAUUUUAGUUUCUUUCGUUUGUGGGACACAGAAAAUAUGUGGCACACUCUCUCUUAUAACACAUUCACAUCCACAGCCACACACAGUCAC